AUGGCGACGUCUGAUAGAGGGAUACGGAUUGCAAUCGAUCGCGGUGGCACUUUCACCGAUUGUGUCGGAAACCCGGGCACUGGAAAAUUAGAAGACGAUAUCAUAAUCAAGCUACUUUCAGUCGACCCGGAGAACUACGGUGAUGCACCCUUGGAGGGCAUUCGCCGUUUGCUUUCGAAGUUCACAGGUCGCGAGAUCCCCCGAGGCGAACCUCUCGAUACCUCCCAAAUCGAAAGUAUUCGUAUGGGCACGACGGUGGCAACGAACGCGCUGCUCGAACGAAAGGGCGAAAGAAUUGCACUGAUUGUUACAAAGGGGUUCAAGGAUUGUUUGCAGAUUGGAAACCAGUCUCGUCCGAAAAUCUUCGAUUUGGCAAUUAGACGUCCGGAAGUUCUUUAUGAGAAAGUCGUUGAGAUUGAGGAACGGGUGACUCUAGAAGACUACGCAGAGGACCCGAAACGAACAAGAACAGAAACUCAGACCCGUGAACAGACGUCGUCAGAUGCAGAAGUCGUCCGCGGUCUUUCAUCGGAAGCAGUGAGGAUCCUGCGGAGGCCAGAAAAUGACACCGUCAAGGAUCAAUUGCAGCAACUGUACAACGAUGGUUUCCGCAGCGUGGCUGUUUGUCUCAUGCACGGAUAUACUUUCCCAGACCAUGAGGCAUUAAUUGGUGAAUUGGCUCGAGAAAUCGGAUUUGAGCACAUCAGUCUAAGCCACGAAUUGAUGCCAAUGAUUAAGCUAGUCCCACGAACAACGUCUGCUUGUGCAGAUGCAUAUCUGACACCUACUAUCAAGAAAUAUAUUGCUGGGUUUCAGGCUGGCUUUGAAGGUGGACUAGGCGCAGAGUCUGUGCAGAAUAGCAGUGGUCACAAAGGCGCACGCUGCGAAUUCAUGCAAUCGGAUGGUGGCCUUGUCGACGUCAGCCAGUUUUCAGGACUCAAAGCUAUACUUUCAGGGCCAGCGGGAGGAGUUGUUGGCUACGCUCUGACUUCUUAUGACCCUAAGACCAAGACUCCGGUCAUUGGUUUUGACAUGGGUGGUACAAGUACCGAUGUUAGCCGUUACGGAGAAGGGAGAUACGAGCAUGUCUUUGAAACAACCACUGCAGGGGUGACUAUCCAAUCUCCACAAUUGGAUAUCAACACCGUCGCUGCUGGCGGCGGCUCCCAAUUGUUCUUUCGCAACGGUCUCUUCGUAGUGGGCCCUGAAUCUGCUGGUGCUCAUCCUGGACCUGCUUGUUAUCGAAAAGGAGGUCCUUUGACUGUGACGGAUGCCAACCUGUUCUUAGGCAGGCUCUUGCCCGACUUUUUCCCCAAAAUAUUUGGCAAGAAUGAAAAUGAAGGUCUGGACGAAGAGGCUAGCCGUAAGAAAUUUGAGAACCUCACAAAACAGAUCAACGAGGAGUUGUGCAAAUCGGAUGAAGAUAAGAUGACUCCGGACGAAGUUGCCUACGGUUUCAUCAAGAUCAGUAACGAAACCAUGACCAGACCUAUCCGUUCACUUACUGAAGCCCGAGGCCAUGACACAUCAAAACACCGUCUCGCCACGUUCGGUGGUGCCGGUGGUCAGCAUGCCGUAGCGAUCGCCGAGGGUCUAGGCAUACGGCAAAUCCUUGUGCACCGAUACUCCUCUGUGCUCUCGGCAUAUGGCAUGGCUUUGGCGGAUGUUGUGGACGAAAGACAGGAACCUGAAUCUCAGAUUUGGUCUACAGGCGAUGUGCAGAAGAAAUUGAAGUCUAAAAUGGCCGAGCUCAAGAGCAAAUCCGAGGAGAAACUUCGUGCCCAAGGCUUCGACGAGGAGUCAAUUAUGUUUGAAGAGUACCUCAACAUGAGGUAUCGAGGUACUGAAUCGUCGCUCAUGAUCAUCAAACCAACUCCCAAAGAAGCUCGUGCUCUCUACGAAGGGGAUGAAUGGGCGUUUGGGGAAGCCUUCGUCAAGCAACAUGAGCGAGAAUUCGGUUUUGUUUUGCCGGACAGAGACAUUAUUGUCGACGAUGUCCGAGCUCGUGGUAUUGGCAGAAGCUUCCAAGGAUUGGACAAGACCGUUGAUCAGCAAUUAAAGGAAGCAAAGCCUCGUGACGUCGAUAGCAAGAAAGUAUACCAGAUCAAGAAAGUGUUUUUCGAGGGUGGACGUCUUGAUACACCCAUCUAUAAACUCGAUGAUCUUGAAGUCAAUGACCGCGUGAAAGGACCCGCAAUCGUCGCUGACAAUACACAAACAGUAGUUGUGACUCCUGGCGCUACUGCGCUUGUCACAGAGACACACGUAGUCAUCAACAUUGGCGAGAAUGAUGUUCUUGGUGUCAAGGCUGAUACCAGUGGAGUCGAUCCCAUCAUGCUGAGUAUUUUUGGUCACCGAUUUAUGGCUAUUGCAGAACAGAUGGGUCGUGCUCUCCAGAAGACGAGCGUGAGCACAAACGUUAAAGAAAGACUCGAUUACUCAUGUGCCUUGUUUGACUCUGAGGGAGGGCUGGUUGCCAACGCACCGCAUCUUCCAGUGCAUCUAGGAAGUAUGUCUACAUGCGUGCGAACUCAAGCAAAUAUCUGGAGGGGGAGGCUCAAACCGGGGGACGUGAUUGUUUCCAAUCAUCCAGAAUUUGGGGGUACCCAUCUUCCAGAUAUUACUGUAAUCACACCUGCCUUUGCCGGUGAGGAGAUUAUCUUUUACGUAGCGUCUCGAGCACAUCAUGCCGAUAUUGGAGGCAUUCUGCCUGGGAGUAUGCCACCUCAUUCCAAAGAGCUUUAUCAAGAAGGUGCAGCAAUCAAAUCCGAAAAAUUGGUUUCAGAAGGCCGUUUCAAUGAAGAACGUAUCACGGAGCUGCUUUACCACGAACCGGCUCAGUACCCAGACUGUAGUGGCACGAGGUGUCUUGCAGACAACUUGAACGAUUUGAAAGCGCAGAUUGCAGCAAACCAGAAGGGCAUAAAUCUAAUUACUAAUUUGAUUGAUGAAUAUGGUCAAGAUGUGGUGCAGCAUUAUAUGAUCAAGAUCCAGGAAAAUGCCGAACUCAGUGUCAGGAAUCUGCUCAAGGGGAUGAGUCAGAGGUUUGAGGGCCAGGAUCUCACGGCUGUCGACUACAUGGAUGAUGGAAGUCCUAUUAAAUUGAGAAUCUCAAUUGAUGCAGAAGAGGGAGCGGCUGUUUUUGACUUUUCGGGCACAGGUCCUGAGGUUUAUGGCAACAUUAAUGCACCAGAGGCUGUUACAUAUUCAGCAAUCAUAUAUUGUCUGAGAUGUCUUAUCUCCGAGGAUAUUCCACUCAACCAAGGAUGUUUGAAGCCUAUCAAAGUUCACAUCCCCAAGAACUCCUUUCUGUCACCAUCAGAAAGUGCAGCCGUUGUUGGUGGAAAUGUUUUAACCAGUCAACGAGUCACAGAUGUAAUCCUCAGAUGUUUCAAUGCCUGCGCAGCCUCCCAAGGAGACACCAACAAUCUCACCUUCGGCUUUGGCGGCAACGUCUCCGGCUCAAAAGCAACCCAGGGCUUCGGAUACUACGAAACCAUAGCCGGAGGCAGCGGUGCCGGACCAGACUGGGAAGGCACAUCCGGAGUUCACACACACAUGACCAAUACACGAAUCACAGACGCCGAAGUCUUUGAGCGACGAUAUCCAGUCAUAUUGCGUGAAUUUAGUCUACGGCCUGGGUCUGGUGGACUGGGACAGCACUGCGGUGGCGACGGUGUUAUACGAGAUAUCGAAUUCCGCAUCCCAGUCCAAGUAUCCAUCCUCUCUGAGCGACGGGUCUACAAACCCUAUGGCCUAGAGGGAGGCGAAGACGCACAAACAGGCCACAAUCUGUGGGUUCGCAAGAUCCCCAAAAAGGAUAAAGACGGCAAUAAGGUCAUGGAAGAUAGGAUCAUCAACCUUGGAGGUAAGAAUAGUAUCAAGAUGCAGCCCGGAGAAAGAAUUGUGAUUAUGACGCCUGGUGGUGGUGGGUGGGGUGUUCCUGGUGAGGAAAGUAUAGCGCAGAAGAAGCUUGACGCGCGACAUGCGUGGAAGGGGGGUUCGAUUGCGAAUAUUUUGGCAACUCAGGAGGCGAGUAUUUAG